GGAACGGCUGCCUGUCAACUUCUUUAAGUUUCAGUUUCGGAAUGUAGAGUACAGCUCCGGGCGGAACAAGACCUUCCUCUGCUAUGUGGUAGAAGUACAGAGCAAGGGAGGCCAAGUUCAAGCAUCUCGGGGCUACUUAGAGGAUGAGCAUGCAGCUGCCCACGCAGAGGAAGCCUUCUUCAACACCAUUCUGCCAACCUUUGACCCAGCCCUGCGGUACAAUGUCACCUGGUACGUGUCCUCCAGCCCCUGUGCAGCCUGUGCUGACCGCAUCAUCAAAACCCUUGGCAAGACCAAGAACCUGCGCCUGCUCAUUCUGGUGGGGCGCCUCUUCAUGUGGGAAGAGCCCGAGAUCCAGGCUGCUCUGAAGAAGCUGAGGGAAGCUGGCUGCAGACUGCGCAUCAUGAAACCCCAGGACUUCGAGUACGUCUGGCAGAAUUUUGUGGAGCAGGAAGAAGGAGAAUCCAAGGCCUUCGAGCCCUGGGAGGACAUUCAGGAGAACUUCCUUUACUAUGAGGAAAAGUUGGCGGACAUCCUCAAGUAGUCGGCAGGGCUCAGCCUCACGGUCUGCCUGCUGCCACCAACAGACAGCAGCGACAUGUACGGCCAUCUGGAACAAACCUGUCCUAAUGUCACCUGGAGCUGGACACACAACAAAUUCUACUAGACAAGGCCCUUGAAGACUCAAGAUACACUUCUCAUGCUAUAAUUCACUUAGGCUGUGCCUCUCUAAGGCUGCUAUUGGCAAAAACAAAAGUUGGAGAGAGAUGCAAGCAAUGUGGGCACCAGGGGUCUGCGGGCUGAAGGUCCUAAGUAGCCUCCAGAGGGGCUGCUUAAGGCAGCAGGCCUGUCUAAAGACAGAGAUCUUUGGAACGUGUCCAGAAGUUCAUUGUGUGUUAACUUUUUAAAAAGAGAAACAACAAUAUUAAUAAAAGAAAUUGUGU